AUGGCAAGCAGAUUCACCUCCAACAUGACAAGCACAUUCAUCUCCACCAUGACAAGCACCCACAUUGGAUCUGAUGUUGACGUGCUGCAGAAAUUCCUCUUGUUCGAGUCGCCAAGAAUCAACUUGCCGUCGCUUUCGUUUCAUCGCGAGUCCGUUAUUUCCCAUAAGUGGUCGUCCAGCUGCUAUAUUCAUUGUCGCACCAUGAACACCCAGCUCUUCAGAGUUUCCGCAGCUGCCAGAGUGAAACCUACCUCUGCAGUACCUGGUCUUAUCAGAGCUGCGACUGAGAGACAAUCAGCCCUCGCGUUUAGCCGUUCGGAAUUCUCUUAUGCUUCUCGUCACAUUCGCCUCGCAGCUGUCGCUCAGCCUCCCCAGUUUCGUUCGGGCAACCUUCUCUGCCGUAGCAGUAUGAAGAUGAUGAAAGGCAAGCAUGUAGUCAUCACCGGCGGCUCCACUGGCAUUGGCUUCGCCUGUGCCAAGCGGUUCCUGAGAGAGGGAGCCUCGGUUACUUUGAUGGCUCGGAAUGCAGCCAAGCUGGAAGAGGCAGCGCGGGAGCUGCAGCAGUAUACGAGAGAGUCUGCUCACAACGGAACCAAUGGUUUUUUUCCUACUCCAAGAAUCUUCACACAGGCAGUGGAUGUCUCCGAUGCCAAGGCGGUGCAGGCAGCCAUAGAUGGAGCAGCAGCUGCGUGCCCCAUAGAUGUGCUGCUGUGCAACGCUGGGGUGGUGCGCACAGGCCAUGUGGAGGACAUCUCCGCACUCCAGGCCCAGGAGCAGGUCAACACGAACCUGCUGGGAAGCAUCUACCCUGUGCAGGCUGCAGUGCCGCUCUUGAAGGAGAGGGUUGCACAAGGAGCAGAGCCAGGUGCCAUUGUCUUCAUGUGUUCACUCUCUGCUCUGAGCUUUUGGUAUGGUGCAGCAGUUUACACUGCUACCAAGUAUGGGGUCCGUGGCUUUGCAGAAGGACUUCGUCUUGAGCUGCUCCCAUAUGACAUAUCGGUUUCCGUUGUCUGCCCAGGCUUCACUGACACUCAUCUGCUUGACGACGCUGAAGCAUCUGGUCAGUACCUUACCAAAUUGAUGGAGGUGGCAUCAAUGUACGACCGCAACAAGAUUGAGAACCCUGACACUGUGGCAGAGAGAACACUGGCAGCUUGGUGGUACGAAUUCUCCACUGAAGCGCUUGUCCUUGUAGGAGGUUUUCGCGUAUCUUGGUGUGGGAAGAUGAAGGUCAAGAAGAAAAAGGGUUCGGAUCCUCCUCCGAGAGUGAAGGAAGUUAUUGAUUCCAUUAUCUCCGUUCCAUUACAUGACUUAGCGAAGCCUCUUUCGGAGUUCAAGUGGACUUAUGACAAGGGCGACGUGCUGCACUGGGUAGACCUAUUAAACCACUUCGACGCCUUCCUCGAAACUUCAGUGAAAUUGCGCAAGGAUUUGCAGUUAGAGGGUCGGUUCGCGGGCGUGGAUCCGCCGUUCCCGCGGGAUGCGGUGCUGCAGGUGCUGCGGGUGUCGCGCGUCAUCCUCGAGAACUCUGUCAACAAGCACCUCUACGCGUCCGUCGAGCACGUGUGCACGCUGCUCGCGAGCACGGACCUGGACGUGCUAUCAGCGAGUCUCGAACUCCUCUCAGUGUACGGCAAGAAGCCCUUCCAGCCAGGCCGCAGCACUCGCUGGCAUGCAGAUCCCGCCAUCACAGCGCGCCUCUUCGCCCUCGCGCAGGCGUGGGGCGGCAAGGAGGAGGGCCUCGGCAUGCUGCCCUGCGCGCUCCAGCAGGGACUGGACGCGUCCGCUCUUGCACUGGGAGGGACGCUGCAUUUUGAGUUUUAUGCGGAGGGGCCUGCUGGAGUGGGGGCGGUGGGGCAGGGUCAGGGGCUGGGUGGGAGCGGUGGAGAGGGAUUAGAGGGUCAAGAGGACAAGGCUGGUGCUCCCUCUGCUUCGCGGUCUCCUGCUGCACCUGCCGCUGCUUCUACAGGUCUAUCACCUGGUCUGAGGGUCAUCCACGUGCCCAGGGUGCAAGAGCACGUGCAGCAGCAGGGAAUCUCCCAACUCGACUUCCUCCAGCGCCUAGUAGACCAAUACUCCGUGCCCUCCGCCCUCCGCUUCUCCCUCCUCACCCGCCUCCGCUGCGCCUACUCCUUCCCACUCCUCGCUUCGCGCCGCCGCUUCCUCUGUGUGCGUCUGCUGGCCUUCCGAGUGCUGCUGCUCGCCACGCCAGACCCGGACGAGCUCACUGCGUUCUUCGCCAACGAGCCUGAGUUCGUCCCGGAGCUAAUUUCGCUGCUCAAUGCGGAGAGCCUGGUGCCCGAGGAGGCUCGGAUGUACGCGCUGCUAGCCCUGGCUGCCAUGGCGCAGGACCGGCCGCGCCAGUCCACGGUCCUCAGUGCCAUCAGCACCGGCGGCCACCGAGCCACCCUGCCGAGCCUGAUGCAGAGGACCGUGGCUCAGCUUGGGAAGCCAGGAGGUUGCUCGCCGAAAUUCGUUGACGCUCUGUUGGUCCUUAUUGCUGCUCUAGUGUCCUCGUCGUCCGGGUGCACUGCGCUUCGGGAGGCAGGUUUGGUACCUACCUUGUUGCCUUUGGUUCGGGACACCAAGCCUGAGCACAUGAGUCUGGUGACAUGGUCAGUGCAGAUCCUAGAGGCCUUCAUGGAUUUCUCCAACCCUGCAGCAGCGCUCUUCAGGGAACUGAACGGCCUAGACAUGUGUGUGGACAGACUCAGGCUCGAGGUCGCUCGAGUGGAACCCACUCUCCUGCCUGUCCAGGGUUUAGGGUCUAGUAAAACCCCGGCUGGUGAUUCUGCUGAGGGUGCUGGUGAGGGGACUGCUGGUGGGGGGAGUGGCAGUGGCUCGGCUGGUGCAGGAGCCACUGGUAUGGAGGAGGAUCGCAAGGGCAAGGCUCCGACGGUGGAAGAGGAGGGUGCUGAAGGGGGGACAGGCGUAGGGACUAGUGGUGGUGCUGGUGCUGCUGCAUCCGGGGCAUCUCCUGCUGCUGCUGGCGGUUCCGCUGCAGCACCAGCCGUGCUGACAUACCGGCAGCGCAGUCUCAUUAAAGCCCUGCUGCGUGUCAUCUCCCUGGUCAGCUUCGCACCAGGCAGCACCGUCAGGCUCGCCUCAGCAUCCCCCGAGCAAGGGGGCAUGGGGCGGCUCCCGGAUUGCCUGGCGGCAGUGUUUCGGCACGCGAGGGAGUUCGGAGGAGGCGUGUUUGCGCUGGCGGCGUCGGUGAUGAGCGAGCAGAUCCACCACGAGCCCACCAGCUUCGCUGUGCUUGAUACCGCUGGGCUGCCCAAGACGUUUGUGGACGCUGUCAAGGCUGGCGUGCUGCCGUCGUCUGAAGCCAUCUGCGCCAUCCCCAACGCGCUGCUCGCCUUCUGCCUCAACACACGCGGGCUACAGCUCGUCACAGACUCCCACGUGCUCGCCUGCCUGCCCGCCCUCUUCACCUCGCGCCAGUACUCUCGCCCCCUCGCGGGGGACACUGCCUCCGUGCUGGGAUCCGGGCUGGACGAGCUCAUGCGCCACCAGGUGAGCCUCCGCCAGCCCCUCAUGGGCGCAGUUGUGGGCGCGCUCAGGGAGAUUGCGCGCAUGGGGGGGCUGGAGGAGCGGAAGAUGCGGGGAGGAGGGGAUGGUGGAGGGGAGGAGGGGGUGCGGGCGAAGGAGGAUGAUGCGGAUAGCGGGAGGCCGGUGGGGAGUGGGGGGGCCGGAGAGGAGGGGGCAGCAGGAGUGGGACAAGGAACAGGGGGAGGUGCAUCAGGGACGGGUGCAACAGGGGCGGGUGCAUCAGGGGACGCGGCUGUGCCAAUGGAAACAGAUGGGGGAAACCAAGGGGCAGAGGCAGCAGCAGCAGCAGCAGCAGCGCCAGUUGCUGCAGCAGCCACAGGGGAGCAGGCACGGGUUGAGUCAGAGGGGGGACAGAGUGUCCCUCCAGGGCCAGCAGGAGAGACACUGACUUCUGGCGUGGUUGCAGAAGAACCGGCGGUUGUGGCAGCGGGAGCUGAAUUGGCGGUUCCUGGUUCAGAAGCAGUUAUGGCCGAGGCGGAACCGUCAGGAGCAGAAGCAGGAGGAGCAGCAGAGGCAGACGCAGCAGGAGCAGGAGCAGGAACGGCAGGUACUGGGGCUGCUGCUGCUCCCAGUGCUGCCACCGCCACUGCCACACACACCACAAGCAGCGGCAAGGAGACGCUCACCCCAGCAGAGCUAGAGGCAUUCCUCCCGGACUGCAUCAGCAACAUGGCUCGCCUGCUGGAAGCCAUUCUCUCCAACGAAUCCAGCAGCCGCGUAUUCCUCGACCUCCGGGGACUCGACGCACUCCUAGCGCUCUACACGCUGCCGCGCCUGCCGCUGCUCUUCGGCACGUCCCCUGCUGCUCAGGGUAUCUCCAUGACCAUGCGGGCGUUUGGUCCCAGCCACGCCUCUGCUGUGUCGCGCGGGGUGGCUUCAGCGCUCAAGAAGCAUGUCAAGUGCGCCGUCGCGUUUGUCACCACGUCUCUGUCGUCAUUCUCCCCCACUACCGCACCUACUGCCCCUGAUGCUGCUGCUGGGAGUGCUUCUGCCACAGGCGCUUCAGCAGGCCCUGCUGCUUCUACUGCUGCUCCAAAUGCUGCUGCUGCAGGAGCUUCAGGCGCCGGCUCAUCCCCAGUAAUAGUCGGGCGGCGCCAGUUGUCUGACCUGGACGUGGAGUCACGGGAGUCGCUGCUGCGCGCGCUGGGAGUGGCAGAGAGCCUUCUCUCCCUCUCCGCUGUGCUGGUGCGCGCCACUGCUCUCUCUGUUCCCGACCUUGCAUCAUCCAGUGGAGAGGUGUUUCGAGAUGUGGCUGUGCUACACAGGGAGGCUCUUUGGCAGCUCGCAGUGCUGGAGCACAAGGGAUUGCCACCACCUGCCCCUGCUUCUACCCCUGCUGCAGUUGCAGAAGCCGGAGGGAGUGCAGGGGGAGGGGGAGCAGAGGGAGGAGAAGGGGGAGCAGGUGAGGGCGGAACGGCUGUUGGAGGGUCAGGGGCUGAGGGAGAAGCGGGGCAGGGUUUUCCGCACCACGGUGGCAGCAGGCACCUCUCACGCGCCUCCCGCGUUGUCCCCGAUGCUACAGGCCCUGAUAAUGGUCCUGAGGCUGGGCCGGACGGUGCCGUACAGAAGGAGGUGUUGGGGCGGCUAGUGGUGGCUGUGCGGCUGUUUGAAGUAGCUGUGGGGAAGGCGAUAGUUCCUUCUAGAAGGCGGGACGAUGCUGUGGUGCUGACAGGCCACGCCAAGGUAGCCUCAGCCGCCCUCGCACAGACCUUCCAGGAGAAUCUAGGGUUAGGGUUUGCCGGGCGCGACCCAGGGAGGAGCAGCAACGUGGAGGCAUGCUCGAGUGAGGAGAUACUGGACUGUCCCGCAGUGCGGUGCGUGUAUCUGGGGAAGUUUGUGGAUGAUAUGUUUGCGCUGAUUGUGGAUCCGCGACGGCACACGUGUAACAGCAUGCUGCUGAGAUUUUUCCACGCACACGGGGCUGUGAAGCAGCUGUUUGCAUCGCUGCAGUGGGUGGUGCGGGUCCUGUGGGCCGAGCAGGAGCGGCAGGUGAAGGAGCGGGAGGAGAAGGCUGAGAAGGCCGCGAAUGAGGAGACUGCAGGAAAGGAAGCGGGUGGUGUGGGAGUAGAGGUAGCAGGAGGCUCAGUGGCUCAGAUGGAUACGGAUGGGUCGGAUGAUGCAACACCUCCUGCAGUAUUGGGGGAGAAGAAGAGCACAGGUGACGGCUCUAAGGACGGGGCCAACAAGGGCGCGGGUUCUCUUGUGGGAUCCGGUUCCUUCUCGCUGCCUUCGUGGCUGCACUCUCCUCUGCAGAGCUACUUCCGUCUCAUGGACUGCCUCACCAACCCCCACCUGCUGCUCGCCCCCUCCUCCACCAGCAUCUUCCUCACCCACCAGCUCUCCCGCUCAGUUGAACCCGCACCAGCUAAGCCUGAGGACUUUCUCAGGGACAUGCAGUCGCAGGUGUUAUCUAUCAUGCUGGACGUGUGGUCCCACCCGCUCUUCUCCCAGUCUGGUCUCGCUGUCAUCUCUCCGGUGGUGACUCUGCUCACCCGUGUGCUUCAAGGCCUCAGUGAAACUGCUCCAGCAGCAGCAGGGGGUUCUGUUGCUGCUACUGCGGGAGCAGGGACUGGUGCAGGUGCAGGAGCAGGCGGAGCGGCAGCAGCAGGAGCAGGGGCAGGGGAAGGUGGGGCGAGCGGCGCAGGGGGGCAGGGGGGUGCAGCAGCAUCCGCAGCUGCCCUGGCUGCUGCAGUGCUGGGAGGGCGGAUGCCGCCAGGACCCGUACCCACGCCUGUAGACGAGGCCCUAUUGGAUCUGAUAGUGGAAAUGGGGUUCCCUAGGGAGCGCGCAGAGGAGGCGUUGCGUCAGGUGGGCAACAAUUUAGACCUCGCUAUGGAGUGGCUCAUUAGCCACGUGCCAGAUGAGCCUCUCUCAGAAGAAGACGAACUCGCCCGCGCGCUCGCGUUGUCUCUUUCUGGUAAUGAUGGGGACGGUGCGGGUGGGCCUAGUGCAGGUGGGCAGGGUGGGGAGGAGGGAGCAGGUAAGGCAGGAGAAGGGAAGGAGGGGGAGGGGAAGGGGAAGGGGAAGGAGAAGGAGAAGGAGGAGGAAAAGGAGGAGAAGGGGGGAGAGCAAGAGGGGCGGAAGGAGGUGAGGGUGGAGGAGAUGCUGGGAACGAUAGUGAAGGUGCUGAGGGACGGAGGGGAGGGCGCUGUGUUCCCCAUGACCGACCUCCUGCUCACCCUCUGCAGGCGCAACGCUGGCACAGACAGGGCUGCUGUCGUGGCGUUUCUGGUGGGGCAGCUGAAAGAGUCCUGCGGGCAGGUGAAAGAAUCUCCUAGCAGCGUAGAGAGCGAGAAGCGAGGCGGCGAGGGAAAAGAAUGCAGAGCGGAAAGGGAGGAGGAGGAGAGGGUCGCUGCUGGUGGUGCGCCCUCUUCGUCGCAGCCCGUGCAAUCUGCCUUGGCUCACUGCCUGGCCGUGCUACUCUCAGAAGACCUGCCCUGCUCGGACAUAGCUGCCAAGGAGGGUCUCGCUGCUGUUGCUCUCCACAUGCUCUCUGGGUAUGUUUCGUCUGUGUGCCCCGACUACCACCCCCCGACUCUGCCUCUUGCUGCGCUCGCCUCACCUCCCAGCAAGAGCCGGUCGCAGCAGCAGGGCAGUGUGGGGGUGGUGGGCCAGAGGGUAGAGGCGAGAGCAGGUGCUGAUGGGGUGGCAGGGGGGAAAGGAGGGCAAGGAGGGCAAGGGGGAGAGGGGCGUGAGGGCCUUGGGGAGGUGCCCAAGUGGGUGCCUUCUCUGUUCCUCGUGCUGGAUUCCCUUGUGCAAUGGAAGGUGCCUGGCACAGGGGCACGAGGGGAGGCAGUCGCAGCAGGGGCUGCAGGGGAAGCAGCAGAGGCCCCAUCCAGUGCGGGUGUAUCUGCCACUGCCGCCCCUGCAGCCAGCAAGGGCACUGAGCCAGCAGAGGCAGACAAGCGAGAGGGCAAGGAGGAGAACCGGUUCACAGAGAUUGUGGGGCUGUCAACAGGGUACCUAUCAGACGACGAGAAGGCUCAAGCCAUGGCCCUCAUCUGCCCUCUCCUGCGCCGCCACCCCCCACCGUCUCUCUGCCAGGCCGCCCUCCACCUCGCCUCACGCCUCUCCCGCUUGCACCCCGUGGCUCUCCUCUUUCUGGACCAGGGUGGAGUGGCGGCGCUCCUCGCGCUCCCCUUCUCCUCGAUCUUCCCGGGGUUUGAGAGUCUCGUGUCGGCCGUGGUGCGGCAUGUGUUAGAGGAUCCGUUCACGCUGCUGCAUGCUAUGGAAGCGGAGAUAAGGCACAGCCUCACUACACUGGCGAGUCAGCAUGGGGGUCGCGUGUCCCCUCGCGUGUUCCUGGGCGCUAUGAGUCCUCUUGUUGCCCGUGAUCCGUCCGCGUUUCUGCAGGCGGUGGGGAAUGUGUGUGAGGUGGAGAGUGUUGGUGGGCGACAGCUCCUGACGUACCUGCAGCAGUUUCCGCCACCUGAAAAAACGCCUGGGAAAGCACCUGAGAAGCUGUCUGAGGGGCAUGGAGUAGCUGCAAUGGAGGUUGGGGUUGGUGGUGGUCUGGGAGGGGAGGCAAUGGAGGUGGAUGCAGAGGGGGCUGAGAAUAAGGCAGGCGAAAAGGAAGGAGAGAAGGAAGGGGAGAAGGAGGCAGGGAAGGAGGAAAAGGAGAAGGCAAAGCAACAGGAAGAGGAGGAGGAGGAGAAGGAGAGGGCGGAGUUUGCAAUCUCGCGAACCACGCUGGUGCUGCGGCUUCUCACGGAGAUCCUACUCGCGUAUUCUGCUGCCAGCACUCUCGUGCUCCGCAGGGAUGCAGAAUCUGCUGGCGCUUCUGGAGGCACUUCAGCAGCAGCAGCGGUGGGUGCAGGUUCGGUGCACCACGUGUUGCACGAGCUUCUCCCGUACCUCAGCGACAAGCCCAGCACCGCAUCAGCAGCAGCAGGCAGCACUGCAGCAGCGCAGGGCGGUGCUUCCCAUCCGGGGCACCAUCGGCUGGGCACCCAGGCGUCUGCGUUCCUCAUUGCGCUGUGCGUGCGCUCAGGGGAGGGCCGGCGUCGCGUGCUCUCUGAGAUUUCCAAGAGUCUGAGCCUGUUUGGAAAGGAAGAUGGGGGGAGGGCAAGAGAGGUGCGGCAGCAGGAGAAGGUGGAGGGACGAGCAGUAGACUCCCCAAAGCUGGUGAAUUCGAUCCUCAGGGCUCUUGAGGUGCUCACCCGAGCCUCAGCUUCGGAAGUGCGUGCCGAGCCUGGGAGAGUUCCGGCAUCAGGGCAGCGCAUUUCAGUGGGUGUAACAAGGGCUGUAGGUUCGGUAAGGCAGGAAGCAGGCUCGGCAGGGGCUGGAGGGGUGCCGAGCCAAGCAGCAGUGGAAGGGGGGACAACAGGGGCGGAAACAGGUGCGGAUGGGGGGGCAGCAGAAGGAGGAGGUGGGGCAGGUGGUGGUGCUGAUACUGCCAUGGGUGAUGCUGGGGGGGAUGGAGGGAGAGUAACGGCUUCUGCAGGUGACGAGGCAGGAACAGACGCUGGGAGUGAGAGGAUGCGAGGGGGGGAUGAGGAGGGGAGGCAGCAGGGAGGAGUGGAGACAGGUGGGCCAGGGGCGGAAGAGAGAAGAGCGAUGGAGCAGGAUGAGAGGCAUGGGGGGGAGGAGGAGGAGGAGGAGGAGGAGGAGGAAGGGGGGAUGGCGCAUGAAGCUGAGGCGAUUAUAAGAAGGAUCCGAGAAUUUGAUGAUAUGGGUGUGGAUGAGGAGGGUGGAGAGGAGGAGGAUGAUGGGGAUAUGGAGGGAGAGGAGGAUGGGGAGGAGGACGAGGAUGGGGAGGAUGAUAUUGAGGAUGGGGAUGAGGAGGAUGAGGAGGGGAUGGAGGAGGGGGAUGAAGACGAGGACGAGGAGGAGGAGGAUGAUGAGGAUGAUGAUGAUGAUGACGAUGAUGAGGAGGAGGAGGAUGAGGAGCAUGGAGGGGAGGACAACGGGCAUCUGCCUCCCGGUGGCAUGGGCAUGGGGGAUGACAUGGAAGACCAUGAAGAGGAGGAGGAGCAUGCAGCCCGGGCCAUGCGGCGGGACUUUGCACGUGAGCUAGCAGAGGCAGACGAGGAGGAUGAUGAAGGAGAUGAGGACGAUGAUAUGGACGAGGAUGAGGAGGGAGCGGAUGAUGAGGAUUUGGAGGACUGGGAGGAGGACGGGGCGCGGUUCAUCGAGGUGAGAUGGCGGGACGAUGUUACGGGAGCCAAUCACGUGCAUCUGCUCUCAGGCGGCGCGGAUGUGGCUGGGUUGAUGGACCUGCCGGGGUUCAUGCAGCGGGAUGUGCUGAACGAUCCGCUGUAUGCGGAUAUGAAUGAGCCAGGGAUGAUGGGGGGAGUGGGGGGGCCGAUGGGGGCAGGGGGCGGGCCAGGGCCGGGUAUGGAAGUAGACGCGGCGUUUGCGAGGGAUGUGGCUUCUCUUAUGAUGGCGUAUGAGAAUCCUUUACUGGAGGACAUGCUUCAGGCCCGGGGAUUGCUUGACCCGCGAGCCAUGGGCGGCAUGGGCGGCAUCAUGGGCGGCGUGGGCGGCAUGGGGAUAGGGCAUCCGUCGGGGGUGGAGUUUGAUCCGGGGAGGGCGAGGGCGAUGGGGGUGAGUGGGCUGGGGCCGGUGGUGGGGGGCGCGGCGGGGCGAGGGGAGUUUGGGAGGGUGAAUCGGUGGACGGAUGAUGGGCUGCCGCAGCCUGCAGGGACGGGCGCUGCUGUUGCUCAGGCGCUGGAGAGUGCGUUCCUGCUGUCCAUGCAAGGGUUGCGCGAGGCAGGGGUGCAGGGCGGGCGGGAGGCUGGGAGAGCGGGCGGGAGGGAGGGGGGAGAGACGGGGGGCCAGAGUGGUGGUGGAGAUGUGGCACAAGGAACAGCAGCGGUAGACACUGCAGGGGUGACUGCGAUGGAUAUGGGGGAACCGAUCUCAGCUGCUGAGGGGGUGGUUACUCCCUCCCCUGCUGCUGCUGGUGAUUCUGCAGCAGUGGAAGCAGCAGCAGGAGUAGCAGAAGCAGGAGAAACGGUUACAGUGACCGAAGUUGAAGGGGAAGCAGCUCCUGCUAGUGCUGGCGCCAUAACUUCUGAUGCUGCUGUUGCCACUGCUCCAACAGCUCUGGCGACCGACGCUGCUGCGGCACCUGCUGUCCUUGCCUCUCCUGUCCCGCCCAUUGCUGAUGCGCCAGGUGGAACAGCUGGAGCUUCAGGUGCUGCAGCGGAUGCAGUCACGGGUGCUUCCGGUGGUGCUGCAGGCACAGGCACAGGCGGAGCAGCAGCAGCAGCAGCAGACGAGGAGGAGGACCUUCCAGAGAUCGACCCAACCUUCCUGGAGGCUCUACCAGAGGACCUGAGGGCAGAGGUGCUAGCCUCCUUCCACGUGGAGCGAGCUGCUAGACAGGCCCGCCAGCGACGCGCCCAGCAGCAGGCCGCACAGCCACAGGGGCAGGGUGGAGCAGCAGAGGCAGGGGGAGGAGCGGGAGGAGUGGGGGGGUCUGGGGGAGCUGGGGGAUCGGGGGGAGCAGGGGGAGCGGGAGCAGGAGGGGGGACAGCUGCAGGGUUGGGAGGGGAGGACACGGGGGAGCUGGAUCCGGAGUUUCUAGCAGCGUUGCCGCCGGAUAUUCAGGCAGAAGUGCUGGCGCAGCAGCAGGCGCAACGCCUCAUGGCGGCAGCGGCAGCGGCGGGUGCGGAUGGGCACCCAGUGGACAUGGACAGUGCGUCUAUCAUUGCCACAUUCCCUGAGGAGCUGCGAGCAGAGGUCCUGCUGACCUCAUCGGAAGCAGUGUUGGCGUCACUCCCGCCCGCCCUGCUAGCGGAAGCCCAGCUGCUGAGAGAGCGAGCGAUGCAGCAGCAGUACUCCAUUCGCCACCAGCACCCCGCACACCCUCACCACGCCAUCUUUGGCGUGGUGGAUGAGAGGGCUCUCAAGGCGCUCAUUCGCCUGCUGCGCAUCUCCCAGCCCCUGCAGAAGGCGCUGCUGCCGCGUCUGCUCACCAACCUCGCGUCACACGCCACCACCCGUGCAGCCCUCGUGCGCAUCCUGCUGGAUCUGCUGCGCCCGGACGGCGAUCCAACGGACCAGCACCCCACGGGGCAGCAUCCGAUGGACCAGAGUGCAGCAGGCGUGGAGGGCACUGCAGCAUCUGCCAGUCAACCUGCAGCAACUGCAGUGGAAGGCAAUCAGCCUUCCACAGUUGGAAGAGCUGCAGUCGCUGCAGCGGCUGAGGGCGUGGGUGAGGGUGGGUUAGCAGCAGACGGCGCUCCACCUCACCAGCUGUACUGCUGCCAGUCCAACGUGGUGUAUGCUCGACCGCAGCGCCCCAACAGCAUCCCUCCCCUUGUCUCUCGCCGCGUACUGGAGCUGCUGGUGUAUCUGUCUCGCCAUUCCAUGGCAGCCACGCGCCUGCUGCUGCUCUUCCCCUCCGCACUCACUCGCUUUGCUCAGCAGCAGCACGAGGAGCAGGAGAGGGUGAAGGAGCGCAAGGGCAAGGCCAAGGUGACGGAAGCAGCAGAGGAGGCUGCAGGAGGAGCAGCAGAGGGAGCAGCAGGAGGAGCUAUGAAAGCAGGGGAAUUGGUGGAGACGGCGGUUGUGGGCAGGGGAACGAAGGGGAAGAGGAAAGAGGGUGUUGAUGGGGAGGUAGAGGAGGAAGGGAGAGAAGAGGGGGAAGGGGAGGUGCCGUUUGUGCUGAUGCUGCACUUGUUGAGGCAGCCUCUGUACCUGCGUAGCUCUCCCCACUUGGAACAGGUCAGUGCAAUGCUUCUUGUCUAG